AUGUCUAAGAAGAUCCCCCGUUCGGACAAAUAUCGCGAUGAAAUCGUCAAAAUGGAGGAGGGAGGCCUCCAUAGCCACGAGCAAGAUGUUCGAGACCGCGGGCUUUUGAGUGCCAGUACGCAUAGGCACCGUAAGUCUCGAGACCGUCGCUCUCCCACCCCGUCAAAUAUGGCAAAAGCCAGCUCUGGCUCAGCUGCGCAGAGGCACAAUCCCAAGAAGGAGCACUCACAUGGGCCCGAAGAGUAA